AUGCCCAGCGAAAUAGUCCCGGAGAGAGCUCCUUUUCGAGUCCUGGUCAUUGGAGGCUCAUAUGCCGGAUUUGCAACGAUCGUGAACCUUCUGGAUCUUUGCCAUGGAAAGCCUUGCCGUUUUGCUGCAUCCAAGACUGAUGAUGCAUCGCGCAAUGAACCUGAGCAGCGGCGCGUCCCCAUCCAGGUUACCUUUGUCGACGAACGUGAUGGGUAUUAUCAUUUAAUUGGCUCACCAUUGGCAUUUGCAUCAUCAUCGUACGCUGCAAAGGCCUGGGUGCCCUACGAGGAGAUCCCAGCACUAAAAACCCCGGAAGUCCAAUUUGUUCACGGAACCGUCGUGGAGGUCAAUUGUCAGGCAAAGGAGGCGACCAUUAAGGAAAAUAACACCCAGACACAUCGCCGAAUUUCCUAUGAUUAUCUGAUCGCUGCCUCGGGACUCCGACGCAACUGGCCUACGGUGCCGCAGGCCUUGCGGAGAAAAGAAUAUCUUCUGGAAAUGGCUAAGCAUAUAGAUGGAACGGUGAGAGCAACUGAUGGCGUUGCUGUUAUAGGCGGAGGUGCGGUCGGUAUUGAAAUGGCAGCUGAACUCAAGGCUGUACGGCCAGAGUGUAAAGUGACGUUGGUUCAUUCACGAGCAAGACUUCUGUCGUCCGAACCCCUUCCCGACGAGGUCGGGAAUCGCGCUCUAGACUUGCUACACGAGACAGGUGUGGAAACUAUUAUGAGCACGAGAGUCACAAACAUCGAGAAAAAGGAUGAAAAGACUUCUGUGCUAUCUCUAUCUGAUGGGAGACAGAUCACUUGUUCGCUAGUGAUCAAUGCCAUCUCGAAGUUCACUCCGACUUCCUCCUAUCUGCCAGCCUCGAUCUUGGAUGACAAUGGCUAUGUCAAGAUCAAAGCAAACCUUGAAUUCCCCGACAAUGCGCCUAAUGCCUAUUAUCAUCACGCAGCGGGUGACAUUGCUGCAUGGCCAGGCAUAAAACGAUGUGGUGCUGCCAUGCACCACGGUCAUUACACAGCUAUUAACCUUCAUCAGAAGAUGCUGGCCGAGCUGGAUCGUAGCAGCGCCUUGACAAUGAAACUAGUCGAGUUGGCCCGAGAUGUCCCAGGCGUGAUUGGGCUCGCAGUCGGGAAAAAGGCUGUGUCAUACAACCCGUUGGCAGGCGUCCAAUCGGGCGAGGAUGUCAUGAAAGUAUACUUUGAAAAUGAUCUGGGAUAUCGGAUUUGUUGGGAUUAUAUGCGACUUGGUGAGGCAGCUCUCGUUUGA